GCGUACUUUCCGCUCGGGGAUUGAUUCUGCUUCAGAGGAAUCUUCUACUUCUAACUCCUCAGGACCUUGUUAAGACAGUGUGAUUUAGAAGAAUGGGAUCAAAUAAAAAGAUAUUCAUAGCAACAGGCAACUCUUUUAUUUUGUCCUCACAAACCUAAGAAAACGAAAUUUUCACCUGUAAGAAAGUACACCUUGACAAGAUUUUGAGCCAUUGACAACAACAGUGAGAUAAUGAAGAUAAGUAAAAAGUUCUUCUUUUGUAAUCUGACUCCUCUCAAAGCUUUCAAGAUUUGUGCAGGGAUUGUGACUUUAAUGGUGAUAUAUGGAAGGGGAAGACUACAACCCCAAAGUUACACUUGCAAUUAGACAAUAACAACAGUGCUGAUGAUAUGGCACACGUAUCUGAAACUGGACAGAAGGAAUAUCAGAUUUCUCAGUUAUGUUUUCAUCAAAGGUUUUGGGAUACUAUGUUCAAUUAUGGUGAUGUAGAUGCUAAUCACAAACCAGAAUGUGAGAGUAGUGAGAAUUUUGAUAUACUAUAUACUAAUAAUUUCUUCUCUUGUUCAGAAAACAGUGUUAUUGACAUUUGUAAAUCAUGUGAUGACUGUAUUGGAUUUGGACUAUGUGAUAUUUUUGAUGUAGAUGUGAAUGAGAGCUGUGAACUAUCUGAGGUUGGUAAGUCUCAGAUUGAUGGCUUAUUGCAAAUGAAUGUAAGUGAAGUAAGUGACCUUGAUGGAGAUGAGACUUGUAUUUUUAGUGAUAUUGUUGAUGAAGUAAUUUUGGAGGAAUAUGAUGAUGAUUAGUAUCAGGUAUUUGUAGAGUUUAAGCAUAAUGGAGUUUCAGAGUUAUUUGUGAAUAAUGUUGACAAUAGAGGUAAGGUAAGCAAUAUAUGUAAUGUUGUAAGUGGGAGUCAUGGAAUACCAGACCAGUUAAAACAGUUUUUCAUUAAUGUCAUGCAGAGUAAUGAUCCAAAAAAUAAAGGUGAGUUAUCUGUGAAUGUAGAGAAUAAAGGAGAAAACUUUUUGGAGGUUGUUUGGGACCUGAUCGUUAAGAUAUAUAAAUGUGCUUUCUGGAAUGAGUUAACUAUGGUUAGUUAGAAUUUGUAUCCAAAUUGGUGGAAUAAAGUCAUAUAAAAUCUAAGCAGGAAGUUGAAUUUUGACAGUAAUGUGUUUUGUGUUCCUUCUGUAACAAGUGAUGUUAGUUGUGCCAUGGAAUCUAUUCAUUGUGUUCAAUCUUUACCUGACAACCCGAGUAACCACAGUAAUGCUAUGUAACCAGUAAAGUUGAUAAAAACCUGUGAAGACAGUAUGGAUGUAGCAUUUGAUGAAACUAAAAGUGAUCUUUUGCAUGAAGUGUACGGAAAUAGAGAUGAUUCAGAUUUUGGGUGUCCUUACAUUAAAACUAAGAUAGAUCAGUGGGAAGGUAACUGUUUGAUUGCUGUAGGUAGCCCAAUUUGUGAUAUAUCUCAACAAUUUAGGGACAAGAUCAAGUAGAGUAAGAAUUUUGUGGAAAUACCCGUUGUAGGUAUAAAGAUAAGAGGAGCAACCAUAAGCAAUGCAAAUUGGAACAGGUACUUUUAAUUUUUAGUACAGAAGACAGAAUCUUUGAACAUGGAUGCUUAGUGAU